CGUGCCCAGCUUGGUGCCGGCGCUUGCUCUCGGUGACCUCUGGUUCUUCUCUUCCUGUUUCAGGCAUGAGCCAUGAGCCCAAGUCCCCUUCGCUAGGGAUGCUCUCCACCACGACCAGGACCACCGCCACCGUCAACCCCCUCACCCCCUCGCCGCUCAAUGGCGCCCUGGUGCCCAGCGGCAGCCCCGCCACCAGCAGCGCGCUGCCCGCCCAGGCCGCGCCGUCCUCCAGCUUUGCUGCCGCCCUGCGCAAGCUCGCCAAGCAGGCGGAGGAGCCCAGAGGGUCUUCGCUGAGCAGCGACUCGUCCCCCGUGUCCUCCCCGGCUACCAACCACAGCUCCCCCGCCAGCACGCCCAAGCGCGUGCCCAUGGGCCCAAUCAUCGUGCCCCCGGGGGGCCACAGCGUCCCCAGCACACCCCCCGUGGUGACCAUCGCCCCGACCAAGACCGUCAACGGCGUCUGGAGGAGCGAGAGCCGGCAG